AUGAACACUGAUCAAUCCAUAUUGUCAUCGACUACAAUGAACCAGUCACUGCAUAAUAAUAAUAAUAAUAAUCUUUAUUCUUCACCAACAACAAAUACAUCCGAUUUCAAUACAAUGAUGACGAUGAUGAUGAUGAUGAGAUCAAAGAGAAAGUAUAGUACAAUUCCGAUGACUACAAUCAAUCCUACAGAAGAUAAUUUAUCAAUGACCAUUGAACACAGACCAAUAAUUAUGAAUCAUGAUCAAAUUAGUUCUAAUACUCUAUCGAUUCAUCAGAUAACUGAAAAUCAAUUGAAUUUCUGUAAAAAAGAACAUUAUCGUGAACAUCAACGUCGUAAACGUGCAUCAUUACAAUAUCGUCAUGCUCAUGCAGCACGUGAACGUCAACGUGUAGCAGAAUUUAAUAAAACAUUUAAAAAAUUACACAGUCUAUUACCAACUAAUGAUUCAACUGGUCGACGUUUAUCAAAACUUCAAAUUCUUAAAUUAUGUUCUUCUUAUAUUUAUUAUUUAACUUGUCUACUUCAAAAUAACAAUUGUAACUGUUCAAUGUUAAAAUAA